CUUGGUUGUUCGUACGCCGACCUCUCUUUAGCCUUCCACUCCCCUUUCCCACCUCCCACUUCGAAUGUUGACCGACGAUCCAGUUAGCCAGUGACGAUUUAGCCGACCGCGCAACACCCCCGAAAUCGCCCUAACGAACUCUCGGGAAACCACAUCUAUCUCUCCUGACAGACAAUAAACACACACAAUCCUCUAUGGCAGCACCACAAGGGGGCUACCCUCCCCAGGAAGGGUACGGUCAGCCUGCCGGUUAUGGGUCUCCCGUGCAACAACCCGCGGGGUUGGCUGCUGGUGCUCCGGCCCAAGGCCAGGCUGGAAGUCGGAAGAAGCGUGUUUAUGCCGGCGAAGCGUUCGACUUUGGAUCUGGUGCCAAUGCUGCUCUAGGAGGUCAGUUGCCCGCCGGUGGCAGCUACGGAGCAUACCCGCCGCAACCACAAGCUGCGGGAUACCAGCAACCUAUGUAUGGAGCAGACCCGACUCAGGUGCAGGCUGCGGCCCCAGGAUAUGCAGCGCCGGUCAGCCCUCAAGUCGCACAGAUGACCCAGCAGUUUGGUGCAAUGGGCAUGACUGAUCCGCACCUCCUGCCACCGCAGCCGGUCGCCCCAGCUCCCCAGGCUCAGGCCCCGCGGGCUGUUCCCCUCAACCAGCUCUACCCAACCGAUCUCCUUACCCAGCCCUUCAAUGUCGCCGAGCUCGAUUACCCACCACCUCCCAUUGUUCUGCCGCCCGGUACCAGCGUUUACCCUUCUCCCUAUGCCAACUGCCCUCCGAAAUACGUUCGCUCGACCCUGAACGCCGUCCCGACCACAAGUUCGCUGCUGAAGAAGUCCAAGUUGCCUUUCGCACUGGUCAUCCAGCCCUAUGCAGCUCUCCAUGACUCCGAAGAUCCCGUUCCUGUUGUCCCAGACCAAGUCAUCUCGCGUUGCCGACGUUGCCGAUCCUACAUCAAUCCUUUUGUGACAUUCCUCGACCAUGGACACCGCUGGCGUUGCAAUAUGUGCAACCUGACAAACGAUGUGCCUCAGGCAUUUGAUUGGGACACCGCGCUGCAGAAGCCCGCAGACAGGUCGUUGAGGCCUGAUCUCAACCAUUCGGUGGUCGAAUUUGUUGCUCCCCAAGAAUACAUGGUCCGGCCCCCGCAGCCGCUUGUCUAUCUCUUCUUAAUCGACGUGAGCUACGCUUCUGUCACAAACGGCCUUUUGGCCACCACUGCCCGCUGCAUCAGGGAGAGCCUUGACCGGAUCCCGAACGCGGACCGUCGGACGCGACUGGGAUUCAUUGCGGUCGACUCCAGUCUCCAUUACUUCAGUAUUCCCCGCGAUGGCUCAGAGAACUCGGAGCCCAGGAUGCUGGUCAUCAGUGAUCUGGAUGAGCCCUUCCUUCCCAUUCCUGGCGAUCUUUUGGUGACCCUGAGCGAGUGCCGUGAGAACAUUGAGAUCUUCCUCGAUAAGCUGCAGGAAAUGUUCCAGAACACUCAGAGCAACGCCUGCGCCAUGGGAUCCGCUCUGCGUGCUGGUUACAAGCUCAUCUCCCCCGUGGGAGGCAAGAUGACCGUGCUCAGCUCCUCCCUGCCCAACAUUGGCCAUGGCUCGUUGACCAUGAGAGAAGACAAGAAGGUCCUUGGCACUAGCAAGGAGAGCAGUCUGCUGCAGACGGCGAACAGCUUCUACAAGAGCUUCGCUGUCGAGUGCUCCAAGGCGCAGGUCUCCGUGGACAUGUUCCUGUUCUCUUCGCAAUACCAGGAUGUUGCGUCUCUCAGUAACCUGCCCCGCUACACUGGCGGUCAGACUUACUUCUACCCUGGGUGGAACGCUGCUCGUGGGGAGGAUGCGAUCAAGUUCGCUCGUGAAUUUUCCGACUACCUCUCUUCGGAGAUUGGCUUGGAGGCUGUGCUCCGUGUCCGCGCUACGACCGGUCUGCGCAUGAACACUUUCUACGGUAACUUCUUCAACCGCAGUUCUGAUCUGUGUGCAUUCCCUGCAUUCCCGCGUGACCAAGCAUAUGUCGUUGAAGUGGCGAUUGACGAGACCGUCACGAAACCCGUUGUCUGCCUGCAGACGGCGGUUCUGCACACUACAUGCAACGGCGAGCGCAGAAUCCGGGUGUUGACUCUGGCGCUCCCUACGACGCAAAACCUGGCUGAUGUCUACGCUUCGGCCGAUCAACAAGCUGUUGCUACUUACUUCAGUCACAAGGCCGUUGAGCGGGCACUGAGCAGCGGGCUGGAGCCUGCCCGCGAGGCUCUGCAGACCAAGGCCGUGGAGUUGCUGUCAACCUACCGGAAGGAAUUGGCUGGAGGCAGUGUCAGCGGCGGUGGUCUUCAGUUCCCUGCCAACCUAAGAGGCUUGCCAGUCCUCUUCCUUGCCAUGAUCAAAAACCUUGGUCUUCGGAAAUCCGCGCAAAUACCCACCGACAUGCGCUCUGCUGCCCUCUGCUUGCUUUCGACGCUCCCCCUUCCUCUCCUCAUGCAGUACAUCUACCCUAAGAUGUAUUCCCUUCAUGACAUGCCCGACACUGCCGGAUUGCCCGAUGAGCAGACUGGCGAGAUUCUUCUCCCUCCCCCGAUCAACCUUUCAUCCGAGCGCAUUGUUCCCUAUGGUCUCUACCUCAUCGAUGACGGCCAGACGCAGUUCCUGUGGGUUGGACGCGAUGCGGUGCCUCAGCUGAUCGAAGAUGUCUUUGGCCUGCAAGACAAGUCGCAACUCCGCGUAGGCAAGCAGAACCUGCCGGAUGUGGACAACGAAUUCAACCAGCGGGUGCGGGCGGUGGUUGAGAAGAGCCGGGAUCACCGGUCGAAGGGCGUGGGCAGCAUUGUGGUGCCACACCUGUAUGUGGUGAAGGAGGAUGGAGAGCCUGGACUCCGCUUAUGGGCGCAGACCAUGCUGGUUGAGGACCGUGCUGACCAGAGCGUCAGCCUGGUGCAGUGGAUGGGCUCGCUGCGGGAAAAGGUUGUUCAGUAAUGAUAAGCUUCUAAUCGAGUUAUCCUUGUUCCUUUUCCUUUGUGUUGGUAAAUUAUACGGAAGAAAUUCCACCAUACAUUCCCCAUGGAUUAUGCUGUCUGUUUGGCGAUGUGGUUUGUUGUAACUUAACCGUGCUGUUGUUGUUAAUGGGAAGAAAAAUGGAAGGCAAAGCACUUGCCCAUGG